CCGACCCGCAAUGGCGGACUUGUUCGCGCGGUAUCGCGAGUUCGUGAAAGCGAAUCCCGCUCUAGCCACCGAACUCGAGACUGUACUUCGCUGGAUCUCCUACUUCACGGCAGGUCGAUUUGGCAAGUCCGCCGUUGUUGCCGAGUUCCUUUAUUCUUCGUCCAGUUUGCUGACACUCCUCAAUGACCUCAUUCUGCGACAUGCCGCUGAUGUUCCCGUUCACGUGGACCGAGCCGUUGAGCGGCUCCAGUCGUGCUUGGCUGUCGUCGAGUAUGUCGAGGUGUUUGCCGAGCUGGCCGCGCUGCACCUUCGCGGGGACCUGGCUCGGUGGGUGGCGGUUGCCAUCGUCCAGACGCUCAAGUGAGAAGCACACUCUACCCCUAAUUUUACAUUG